ACUAGAACUAAACAUAUCAAACGACAUAACAACACACGGUGUGAAAAAAGAAGCUCAACAAACUUACGUUUUUGGGAAAUUGUUGUAACAACACUUGAAAGUUGAGAAAUCUUGAUUUCUUUCGCAACUUUUGACCAGAAAAAUGGAGGGGAAAAGAAAUUGGGGAAACCAGUAUUGAAGAAGAAGACCUUUAGGUGAAUUAAGGCUACUUCUUUUUUUUGAUGAUAUGAGACCCAACUCUUAUGGAAUAGCUCGCAAAUCACACAGUAGAAGUAAUCGCACUAGGCAAGCCCGGUGCGACGAGUUUACCCAUAAGGCAAAUCCCGAAUUAAGGCUACUUCUUUCUUUCUUUAAAUCAGUCAACCUGUCAAAAAGCUGUAAUUUUACACUGAAAUUUCACAGUUGCCAUUUUUAACUGUGGCACUGAAGGGGCACUUGCGUACUGGUGUUUUACACUUUUACUGGUACUUGUCAAUCAUGGAAAAUACUUACAUAGAUUCAAAUGAAAACCCCCAGAUGUUACCACGUCCACCAGGUAGUUUUAUAGAUCGUGAAGAACUCAUUCAACAUGCUGGGGUGUUUGCAAUAUCUCAGGGAUUUGUUUUUACCAUCAAGCAGUCUAAGAAAGACAAAGUGGUAAAACUUGGCUGUGACAGAGGAGGUGUUUACAGGAAUAGGCGUAAGCCUGUCGAUGAGACAUCUAGUAGACAUUCUCGGAAAAGGAAGAUGGAAUCUCGCUUUACAAGUUGUCCUUUUUAGCUUGUGGGUAAGGAGGAGGAUGGCUUGUGGGUUCUUACGGUAAAAAAUGGAUCACACAAUCAUGAAGCCUUAAAGGACAUCUCGGAGCAUCCCUCUGCUCAACGCUUCUCAGAGAAAGAAGUAAUGUUAAUUAAAGAGAUGACAGAUGCUGGUUUAAAGCCACAUCAUAUUCUGAAGAGGCUUAGGCAGACCAAUCCGGAUCUUUUGUCGAUACCAAAGCAUGUUACAACAUUAAAGCUAAGCUACGACAUGGAGAUCAUAAUGGUUGAGCCUUCUUUACCAUCCUUAUCGUUUAGUGCUUACUUUGUUUAUCUCUUGUAAUCUACUUCUAUUGUUAAUUCUUACUAUUGGGAAGCGUAUUUGGUUUUUAGGUAAUUAUAGGUAGUCCAUCUUUUCCUGUUAAAUCCUUACUACUUUAUUUUGCACCCCUGGGUAUAUAAGGGUUUUCAUCAUUUAAUUGGAAGUUGGAACUUCAAAAUCACAAUCACUUCAAGGAGGAAACUCUUCUGCUAGAUUUAACUGGUGUGUUACCUUCCUAUGUUCUCCUGAAUGGUACGGGAUGUAUGGCUUGUGUUGAAAGGCUGAAGUUGUGGUGAAAAGCUGAAGUUCUUCUCCAAGAAAUGUCAAGAGGCUGAGAACUUAGACUAAUUAUGACUUCUUGUACUGCAACUUCUUUGGAUUUACUAGUACAAACAAAUUUUCCUCAUGAGGGUUUGAGAUUGACACCAUUAAGGCUGAAAAUGUGCUUGGCCAACUAAAAUAGACCCCCUCCAUGCAAAAUGAAAAAAAUAAUAAGUACAAAAUUAACUGCUUUUGUAUGGUAGUUCAUUGCCUAUUUAUCUAAUUUAGGACACCGUUCCCCAUCUCUUAUGAAAUAUUCAACUAAUCUGUCAGCUUAUUUUGUGCAAAAUGAAAGGUAGAAAAUGCGAUACUUCAACCUUUUGGUUAACCACAUGCUUUGGGGGGCCUACCAUCUAAUUCAAAACCCACCUCGCAGCUGUAUUGAGAUUGGGAGCUGCUUUUCCAUAGAAAUGCUUGUAAUCCAAUCCUUUUUUCUUGUCAAUGUAGACCAUGGUCUGUUCAUCUAAUUUUUGACACCUGCCUCCAUCUCUUGUAACUUAUUGAACUGAACUGUGAGCUUCUUUUACGCAAAAAUGAAAGGUAGAAAGGAGAUACCUUGAAUUUUUGGUUAACCAUGUGCUUUUGGGGCUGUACCAUAUAUAAUUUAAAACCCACCUUGCAGCUGCCUUAAGAUGGGGAGAUGUUUUUCAUUGGAAAUGAGUGUUAACCGAGUCUACAGAUUGAAGUCGUAAAAUUAUUCCUGGCAUGAAUAUGAAAUGUUAUAGGUAUUAGAUCCCCGUUAGAGCCAUAAGUUUAUUGAUGGUUAAAUUUUGUUGCAUCAGCUCCCUGAAUUUCCCUUUUUGCUGUUAAAUUGUUUAGAUCUUCUUUUAUUUCACAGAUGUGAAACUCAUUUCUUAUUAGCUCCUGAUGAAUAUUCUAUGUCAGACUUUAGUGUACUAGUUCAAUAACACCAAAUUCACUUGUGAUUUCUGUUUUCUUCCUGGCAAAAAUGAGUUUAUGAUACAUCUUAUGAAUCUUUAACUUGUCAACGAGAAUAAGCAUAGUGAUAAAGACAUGUGAGCUCCACCUAUCAAAAUUUAAUAAAAAAACACAGAGAGAAAAGAGCUGUCUUGUGCAUAGGUGGACUGUGUAUUUCAUGGAUCAAUGAGUUGACUGUUUGCUUAAGUAUCAACUUUAUCAGGAUGUUCUAACUUGGAUACCAUUAGUCAUUCUUUGCACACUUUAAGUCGUUCGAUGUGAAUUCCAUGUGCUACUACCACUAUCAUUUUGUAGCCAUUGAGUGGGAGUGCUCUUUAUGCACAAAAAUUACUGAUGGCUAAAGAGUUUUUUGCCUGUUUACUCAAGUUCUAUGGAAUAUGUAAAUUUCAACAGGCUGUUUUAAGAAAUUUUGCUCCUUCAGUUGAAAUCUGAUAUAGCUACUGGUAUAUUUUGACUCAGUUAUUUUCUCACACUGGAUUAUCGUCUGGUGUUGGUUUAGUGAGGAGAUUCAAAACAUUGAGGCCUUGUACAUCUUUGGAAGGGAACAUUUUGCCUGCAAUGACUGCUGAGCCUUCUUGGAGGAAACACUAUCCUCCGGUAAGGUUACUUGAAUCUAAUCGACCAUAGUCCAAAAGUAACGGCUUUCUCUUGCUCUUAUGUUUCUUUUUCUUUUCCUCUCCUUAUUCUCAAGACAGAGAUGUUUUGAUGGAAUUUAUUUCCUUUUAAGCCUAUACAUAUACCCCUCAAGAAGAAUUCUUUUGUAACUUCCAACAUCCUCCUAACCAAGGAAAAGUACUAAAGCGUAAAGUAAUCCCUGGCCGCUCAUUUUUGCCAGUUGCUUCUAGUGCAUUAGCCUUGAUAGGCGAAAUGAUUAUCUCAUCUAAUAUAUGGGAAAUUUCUUUGGGUUCAGGUCACUUAGCCUUCUAAAAGUACUCCCAUUAGUUAUACAGUAUUACCUUUCUUUUAGCAGUUCCAAAGUGCGAAUGCACUUGUAUGUGAAGCCAUAAGAAACGUGUAACAAGUUGUUUUGGUGAGCGAUUAAGGGAGGAGUGUAAACGUGAAAUUAGUUCCUAGAGCUUGAUCUCUCUGCUUCUAUCUUGAUUGAAUGUGCCAUCAAAGUUCUUCAUAUGUUUUACUGUGUCUGCUUGUUUCUCUAUCUUUCUAGUAUCUGAAUCUGCCUUUUCAAUUUUUAGCUUUAUGUUAUACUGAAAUUUGAGUAAAACACUUAGAAAAUUGUUUCUGGCUGGAUUACUAAAAAUUGUCAGAGAUCUAUAUUUUUGUUGAAGGAAGUUGUGGGAGUUAAAAGAAUCUUUUUUACGGAUUUAGUAGUGUAUAAUCCUUCUCUUUUAUCUCUGGGAUGCAGGCAUGGUAAGUGUUCUGAUCUUUGAGUUUUAUGGCUGUUCUUUUUGUCCAAACUUUUCUUGCAGAGAAACCCUAAUCUUAUUGGUGGUAGAUUUGUUGACUCACAAUAAUCUACAUAGAUUGAUGUAGUAAACCCUGCAACACAAUAAGUGGUCUCACAAGUUCCUUUAAGUACGGAUAGGCUGCCGUCUUUGCAGCUAAAAGAGCUUUCCCAUUGUGGCGGCACACAUCAGUUACAACCCGUCAGCUGAUCAUGUUCAAGCUUCAAGAACUUAUCCAGAUAGAUAUUGAUAAGCUUGCUUUCACAAUAGCUACUGAGCAGGGUAAGACUUUGAAGGAUGCUUACAGCGAAGUGCAACGUGGGCUAGAGAUAGUGGAGUGUGCUUGUGGUGGGCAGUGCUGCAGACAGGGGAGUUUGUUUCAAACAUGUCAAAUGGAAUCGAUACUUCUAGUAUCAGAGAGCAUCUUGGAGUUUGUGCAAGAAUAUGCACGUUUACCUUCCCCGCUAUGAUUCCAUUGUGGAUGUUCCCGGUUGCGAUUUCAUGUGGCAAUACAUUCAUUCUAAAGCCAUCUGAGAAAGCUCCAGAUGGAGUAAUAGUUGAGGAAAGAGGACCAACUUUUCGAAUAGAAGAAAUGCAAAGGGCUUGCAUAAUACUAGCAGAGUUAGUAACGGAAGCUGGUUUGCCUAAUGGUGUCCUAAAUAUCAUUCAUGGCACCAAUGCUCAAAUGUAUAUGCAUGGCAGACCAUGUGCGAACAACAGUAAAUAUGCGAAGGUUGCUCAGCACAAUCUGAUCGUAUGGGCUCCAACAGGCGAGAAGGCUAUUGAGCGUAUGAAAAGAGCACUUAAUGACACCAUUAUUACUGGAGUUCCUACCACAAUAGAAUAUCAUAAACUCAUCCUUGAUAUCGAGGACUUUAAGAACGGGAAAGUUGAUACUGCUUUUAUUCCAAAGCAUGAGGAAGAAUUAGCUCCGCCUCAGCAAAUGGCUCCAUCAGCAACCAAGGAGCUGAUCAAUUCCAGUACUUAAUAAUUUUUUUGUUUUUCUUCUUCUUUGAUCUUUUUCCUUCAUCAGUGAAUACAGUGAGAGAAGAUAGUCCCAUUAGAUCUUGAAGUGACUGCAGUUUUGAAUAUAACAUUUAUCUCAUGAUCUUAGCUUGAUUGUGUUUUAAGAUACACAAGAUUGAAUGAAAUUCUUCUCUUUUUUUGUCA